GACUUCUCGAUGUGCGGAGCGGAGUAUCUAACUUGAUGGACGGAUAUGUUAUCGCCAGGAUAUGGCCGAAUCUUUGAGUCCUAUCGGAAUCUUGUUUACUUCCUGUAGGCGGGACAGGAUCAGCGAAAUACAGAGCUAUUGACAGUCUUGGGACGAGAAGACUUGUCGAAUGGCGUAUGAAAUGCUCAUGUUGUCAACUUAUAUUAAGUAUAGUUCCUCUGCAACUAGAAAUCGUUUUCUCUGCAAUACUCGGCACAAUACCUUAACUUAAAUCAGAGCAUCCAUCUUCGCAAAGUCAUGCCUUUAUAUCAUAUAGUACUAUUCCGGCUAAACCCGACAGUGACGGUGGAGACUUUGGAGGAAUUCAAGAACCAUGCUCGAGCAAUGGUGUCCAAGGUUCCUGGUCUCAUAAAGCUCGAGAUAAAUAGUCCAUUGCCUAAUACGGCAUAUAGAAGCCAAGGAUUUAACAUGGGCAUUGUAGCUAUUCUGGAGAGGGCAGAGGACUUACCGAUCUACACAACUCACCCAGCCCAUUCACGUGUCCAUGAGCUUCGCGAGGCGGUUGCCGAUGGAGAGUCACUCGCAUACGACUUGGAAUUCCCGGCUUGAUAAAUAUUCGCGAUAAUAGGUGCCUGAGUUAGCUAGUAAGAUAUUGACGACAGCUACUUAAGUACUUAGUGAUAGGGUAUAGAAUGGUGUAACUGAGAUCUUUUGCAAGGACACGGAAUUAAUCGCAUAUGGCCGUCCUGAAAAUAAUCUCCUAGAUCUACGAUUAUAACUACACUCGUUGUCCUAACUUUGCGUACCUAUGCAUCCAACCCCACCUAACCACAGACGAUCAUUGAG